UUAUAGAAUCUCGAUCAAGGCCUAUUUUUGCUGCUAUUGAAUUUUGUGCUUGAUUUGAAAGUUAUUUUGUACACUGUGCAAUUUAUCCCGAAUAGAAAGAUGAAGGCAGGGGAAUCUGAUAUUCCUCACAGAUGUGGAGGGUUUCAUUUGAUAGGCCUAAAUCUGCACUUGACAUAAUUAGUCGAACCUUUCCUAAGAAAGGACAAACAGUAGUAGUGCAUUACACUGGUACAUUAGAUAACGGAAACACAUUUGAUUCAUCUAGAGAAAGAGGGGUUCCAUUUAAAUUUCAUUUAGGAAAAGGAGAAGUAAUUAAAGGCUGGGAGGAAGGUAUAGUAAAAAUGAGUGUUGGGCAGAGAGCCAGAUUAACGUGUACUCCUGAUUAUGCUUAUGGAAAUAGAGGACACCCAGGAAUUAUACCACCGAAAUCAACUUUACGAUUUGACGUGGAGUUACUACGAUUAGAAUGAAUGGAUGGAUGUUAGAUCUAGACUGGAUUAAAAACAAUUUCAAAAACAUAUAUAUAUAUAUAUAUAUAUAUAUACCUGUAUGUUGAUACUCGAUCGUCAUGGAAACGAUCUAAAGGGAGACAAGUUAAACAACAACUAAAAACUGUGAUAAUGGACAUAUGAAAACUGUGAAAGGAUUGAAACUUGAAUGUUUAGUGUUUUUAAUUGAAGGAGGAUCAAUGUGUAAAAAUGGAGAAAUAUGGAAACCUAAGAAGCAACUGUAGCCUAAGUCAUUUCAGCGAUGACCUUUUAGGUCUUGACUGAUUAAAUGGCUGCAGUGUAACGUCACACAAGAUAAGUGUUUGUAUGGAUAUGAUAAAUUGAAAUCUGUUAAAGCCACUGACUAUUGUAAACUACAAUAUCGUGAUAGUUGAAUCCCUAAAAAGGCAUACAUGUGUAAUGGCCUAAAAUGUUCAAUUCUAUUCAUUAUUAAAAAGAUAUGAGGAAUUGAAAAUUGCACGAUAUUCGACAUCCUCUGUACAUGAUAUAAACAAGCCAGCAGCACAUACAGUGUAUUACAGUUGGGUUUAAUCUUUUAAUCCGAUUAUCUAUCAUUGAGGUUUGUUUUUUUGGCAGUGGCUAUUGUUACGACGAGUCGUAAAAAUAGUCCUCAGGCUUUUGUUACGACGAUGCUUUCACAGCCCUCCAUCAGCGAAUUUAAAAACUGAAUAGUCAUAAAAAUAGUCCUAACCCUAUUCCUUCCCAUCUCUUAAUUGCUGCCUUCAGUUCUGAAAACGUUGCAAAUACGGCUCCUUUUUCAAAUCUGGUGUUGGGGAGAUUGGCAGCCAUUUUGGAAUUCGUUCUAAACUUGGCUCGGACUCGUCGUAACAAUAGUCACUUUGUUUUUUUUUUCUUUAUCAGAUGUUAUAUAUGAGUCUGUUUUAGCAUGGAUUAAACCACGUAAAAUUAGAUUUUGUCUGAAAAAAUGCAAAUGACCAGCAAUGGCUUUAAAUGCAUUUAUUGCAUUAAUCUGUUACUGUUAGUAUAACUGGUAUAGGAAUAUGCUAUAUUACUGUAUCACAGUCCUAAGAACUGGAAAGAUUUUCCUUCCAGUAUUGAGUGAAAACCACAUUAAGAAUUUAAUUAUUUAAAAAAAAGAGUUGAAUCACAUUGGGAAAAAUCUCUCAAAUGUCCUUUCUGUUAUGAUAAUCGUCAAGAAAAACAAAAUUAAAAUACAGAUUCAAGUUUAGUUGGUUAUUCUUUUGUAUUUUUGGUGGUCUCCACUUUGUACAAUUCUGACCGAUGAACGUUCAUGUCCUUGUAGGUAAACUAAGAAUAAUUUCAACCAAAACAAUUUUAAUUUUUGUUCCUAAUGAAUACCUAUUAUUAUGAUGUGUUCUUUUUCUUUUGGGGAGAGAGAGAGAAAUUGUGUUUAAUGUCCACUCGACACAAACUAGGUCAUUUUAAUAAUUCGCUUGCGUGUAGGAGUCUUUAGUAGUGGGAGGAAACUGAAGGACUCUGAGAAAACCCACAAGGUUGGACAGGCGACCCUACUCCUGAUCACAGUACAACCGGGGAAUCGAAACCACGCCAGUUGACACAAUGUCAGACCUUAUGAUACCGCGCGCAUACACUAACCUGAUCCUAUCAGGUCUUAUCAUUCAUGUCUAUUGAAGUCAGUUGUAGCAAUCGUGUUGAUCGUAUUGAAACGUAUCAGAACAUAUCUCCACGUAGCAGAUCGUGGACUAGUCUCAAUAGGGACAGUCCUAUCGUAAUGCAUCGCACGACAGUGGGAACCUAGCAUUAGUUAAGUUAUAUUUAUAGCACAGCUUUCAUGAGUUAACAGGUUUAAACAUCGAGGCUGUAGGCCCGAAUGAAGCGUGCUAUAAAUGACUUGUAACAUUGACACCUGCUCAACAUGCUUGUUGUUAUUGCACAGAAAACCCACCCCACUUCUCUAUAUGAUUUCUACUAAAACUAGUGUAAACCAGCAAAAGAGUGCAAUAACAUUGAACAUGUCUAGAUAUUGCACGGUUAAGACCCACCCAAUCUACUAAAGGGAAAACAAUCUGCUUAUUCAAUGAAAAGAACAAAGGAAGAUUUCCCGUCCAUGUAACAAGUAUGAUGGGACACGAUUCUAUGGAAUACCGUUGCUGUCUAUCAUUGUUCGAUAAAGACUAGAGAAUCCUUUGAAACUAAUAAACCCGGGGCAGAUCCAAGGGGGGGGGGGGAUCCGCCCCUGUAAACAGUCAUUGUAUACCAUAUAAUUUUGUCCUGUACAUUGUAUAUUUUCCAGUUGUUCGGAACAUUACACUGUAACCUGUGUAUCAUUUAAUCUGUGUAUCUAGCACUAAUUUAUUUCACAUUUCUUUAAUAUCAAAUCUUUGUUUAAAAAUUUGUAAAAAAAUCAUUUAAAAUCACCCCAAAUCAUCUAAUUUUUACUUGUGUCCAGUUCACAGCUGACUGAUUAAUUUACAAGUAUUUAAUUUCCUGACCACUGUUCACAAAUUAUUCAUUAUACAUAUAUAAUCAGUCCUGUUGUUUAUUUUUUAACAGUGAUUAAAAAAUUAAACGCUUGUAAAUUAGACACUCAUCAUCAAAAUUAAAUGGUCAGGUUUAAACUGGACUCAAGUACAAAUUAGAUGAAAUUUGAUGAUUUUAAAUGAUUUUUACAAAUUUUUAAACAAAGAGAGAGAGAGAGAGAAAUGGGGUUUAACGUCCACUCGACUCAAACUAGGUCAUUUCGGGACUAACAUGGUAUAAUUUUAUUUCAAUAAUUCGCUUGCGCAUAGGGGUCUUUAGCAGUGGGAGGAAACUGUAGGACCCGGAGAAAACCCACGAGGUUGGACAGGCGAUCCUACUCCUUGUCACGUACAACCGGGGAUUCGAAACCACGCCAGUCGACUCAAUGACAGACUUUAUGAUACAGCGCGCGCACGCUAACCAUUCAGCCAUCCAACCCCCCAAUUUUUAAACAAAGAUUUCACAUUGAAUGAAUGUGAAAGAAAUUAGUGCUAAAUACACAAGAUUAAAUGAUAACUGGGUUACAGUGUUAAUAGAGACAGUGUUAAGUUCUUUCUUCAGAUUUCAAUUAAUAGAACCACAUUUCAAUUUUGUUGUCAAUUUUACUGUAAGUCUUUUAGAGAAAUAUGAUUUGCUUUUUACAAUUAUAUUUUAUCAAGUAUUUAACUAUUUUACAAUGUUUUAGUUUGAAACUUUCAUUGAGGUAGAAUUUACAAUGUUUCACCAAGGGGUAUGGGGUUAGUUUGAAUCUUUCAUUGAGGUAGAAUUUACAAUGGAUGGGGUUAAACAUCUACUCAACACGAACUAAUUCAUUUCAGGACUAACCUAGAAAUUGACAGCAGGAGUCUCAAUUGAAUGGCAAUCUCUAGCGUCAGGUUAAUCCAGUCUACACAAAUAGUAUUUAUUGACAUGAAUUGUGGAAUAUGUCUAGCCUCGUUUUUUGAGUCCCUUGUUGCAAAUGGCGCUGAAACGCAUUACGGUACACAAUGGUAAAAUGUUUAUUUUGUCUUAAAUAUUGGUUAUCAGAAGCCUAUCUUUUCCCGGUAAGAUCACAACAUCAAUGUUAAUUUAAACUGACAAAUAAUCUGUGUUUUCAAUGUCGAUGACUUUAAAUGAUAUUGAGUUAGAGACUUAGCUACUUUAAGUUAGUUCCUUGAAAUUUAAGUACUUGUACUGUAGUUCAUUGAUCUGU